AUGAAGAAAGAAUCCGUUCCUUCCAAAUCAGAAAACACAACGGACUUGCAACCGGAAGGUGUUGAUAUGCCCGGUGAGCCUCUUGAUGUGAUCGGUCGUGCCUUUUCAAAUCGUCAACCCAAACAUAUCGGGCAGGGACUUGCGGAUGCCGUCAGAAAUGUUGCGGUAGGACUUGGAGUAGGAAUAAGUAGUUUUAUUGCACUUCCAAUUGCUGGUGGUAAACGAGAAGGUGCCACAGGUGUUGCUAAAGGAAUUGGAUUUGGACUUCUCGGGCUUGCAGGUGGUGCCGCUGCCGGUUUGGUGACGGGUGCCAGACAGUUGGGUCGUGGAGUUGUCAACACAAAAGCGGCUGUUGAGGAAACCAUACGAAGGGAACGGUAUUGGUGCAGUAUAACUGGAGGUUGGAUUGAAGUACGUCUAAAUGAGAUGUUGGCCGACAUUCCCGUAACGGAUGAUGACAUUUAUUGUAAGGCACGUGAAGAAUACCGUAAAGUCAGUUCGUCAUCAUGGGAUGGCGCGGCAUCUCCAUCUGGAAGUGAAGGCAACGACCCCAGUGAGGAAGGUUGUGAAGGUUCAUGCGGAAAGGAAGAUUACUACAGUCUAAUUGGUGUAGAGAGAACAGCAACAACAUCUCAAAUACGUGCGGCUUUCCACCGCAAGGCAUUGACGUUGCAUCCAGAUAAAAAUACGGGCGAUGCGGAGGCUACUCAGCGCUUUCAGGCCAUACUGGAGGCUUAUAAUGUGUUGAGUAAUGACGCACAGCGCUCCGAAUAUGAUGCACGCGGAUCUGUAGAUAUCAACGCGGGAGAAGGCGGGUUAACUUCUCCAAUUGAACAGUCUCUUGGCGCCACGCAAUUGGAGCCUUUCAUUGGUCGCGUGGAGUGGGCGGUUCAUCUCACUCCAUAUGUAUAUUUUGACAGCGAAUUAAGAAAAGAGCUGAAGAAACGGAGGGUUCUGCGUUUGGCCCAAAACCUCGUGCGGUUUGUGGAUGGCGACGAGUCGACGCUCGAAUCCGUGCGACCGUUAAUUAUCGACGCCGUUUCCACACGAGGUGGCGCGAGACUUAUGCCAGUGGUGGCGCAACAAUACGCCGCGGCUGCACGGCAGCAUUUGACGAGCUCUUCCCUUUUGCGCGAAGUGGACAACUUCGGUACGUCAAAAUUAGCCUUUUUAGGUGGCGUGGCGGAUGCAACAGUGGCAUGUUUAACGACGGCGGUUAAAGCUGCGCGGAAGCGUCUGGAUGGAGAUGAAUUCCUUGACACAGUGUUAGCGCUGUGUGAGUGCGAUGUACAGAAAAAUGUUUUGCGCGCGGCCCGCCUUCUUUUUUAUGAUUUAUCAGCAUCUGCUGAGCAACGCAAUACGCGGGCAUAUAACUUGUUGAAGCUUAGCAAUAUGAUCAAAGAUAUUUGCCUGUCAUGUUCCAGUGUGGUAAUUGAAGCACAAUAA